UUCUCUCACCAACUUAUCCUCUUUGAUUUGUCGAAAAUGUUUGAUAGUGAUCUCUCCUCAUUUUGGAUUGAUCAUCAUAAAUAUAUACUAUUCCUAGCUACUCUUUUGGGGGUUUAGCUACUGCUGAAGCUCAACAUAUCUAAUUUAGUUAAGACAUCUCUAUAAACAUUGAGAAUUUAGCUCAACAUCCAUGUGGACCAUGUCUAUAUGAAGUCACCUUAGAAUGAAUAAGCAUAUAUACAUGUCAAAUAUGUCAGCAUUGUUUAGAAAAUAUAUGAAGAUUUGUUUGGUGAUUUUUAUGUUCUAAACAGCUGCAAGUACAAGUAGUUGACCAAAAACUUGUUUUCCAUAUCUAGCUUUAAAACUGUUUGACCGAUUUAAGGUAUUUGCUACUUGUUAUGGUAUAUGUCGCAUCAAUUUGUUACUCCUGCAACUGUUAUUUGUGAACUCCAUGUGUUUAAUUUUAAUUUUCUCUGUUGGAACCUGGAAGUUGAAACUUUGUAUUCUUAAGUGAGAUUGGAUAGGAGACUGGUUUGACGAUCAGAUACAUUCGCCUUGUGUUGCAGCUUGCUCAUUCCUGUAUCACAUUUGAUUAUAGAAGCACUACGAUUAUCGUCUAGUGUAAUUUAAUCCCCUUAUUUAUUUUCUGCUUUCUCUUCUGCUUGUUUUGAUCAAGGCAAUCUGACAGAAUUUAGAUUGCUAAACUAGCCUUUACCUUUUGGGCUUCAGCCUGACAUCUAAAUUUCAAGAAGUUCAUAUCUUCAUAUUGUUUUGAUCCUAUUUGAUCAUCAUCAUCCUCUUGAUUAUCAUUCAGAAUUCUCUAAUACCUUUCUCUGUUAAUACUGCUGCUACGUAUUUUGUUCUUUUGGAGAAAAUCCGUCUCUUUGAAUAUCCUUUGGAGCUAUAUUUUAUGGCUCAUUUCGAUCUUUAUUCUUACUCUUCAACUCCUUUUGGCCUUUCUCUAUGUUUCUUCCAUUCCAUAUUUGCAAACUUCCUUCUCCAAAUUGCUUCUGGCUUCUGGGCUUCUUUCACAGCUUCGCCGAGAGCUUAUUUAGUAAGAUACAUAAGAUGCCGAGAGGGAAAAGUGCUGCUGCACCUAGAAAGGCAGUUGAACAGGAAAGGCCGGGAGAACAGGUAGACUUUGAUGCUGACAAUGAUCCCAAAGAGACAAUGGAGGAAGAGGUUGAAUAUGAAGAAGUAGAGGAAGAAGAGGAGGAGGAGGAGGAGGAGGAGGAGGAGGAGGAGGAGGAGGAAGAGGAGGAGGAGGAAGAGGAGGAAGAAGAAGAGGAGGUAGAAGAAGAGGCAGAAACUGUUGAUGCAGAAGCAAUCCCCAGUGAUGAUGAAGAUAUGAAUGUUGCCGAGGCAGAGGAUGAGGACGAGAACCCUGAACAUGCUGCGCUUCUUGCACUUCCUCCUCAUGGGUCUGAGGUUUAUGUUGGUGGGAUUCCUCAUGGUACUUCUGAAGAAGAAUUAAGGGGAUUUUGCGAGUCUGUGGGAGAGGUGACCGAGAUUAGAAUAAUGAAAAGCAAAAAUGCGUCGGAGAAUAAGGGCUAUGCAUUUGUGACAUUUAGGACGAAACAGUUGGCUGAUAAAGCAAUUGAAGAUCUGAAUAAUACUGAAUUCCAGAGAAGAAGGAUAAAAUGUUCGUCCUCUCAAGCGAAACAUCGAUUAUUCCUUGGUAAUGUUCCAAAAAGUUGGGGAGAGGAAGAUUUGAAGAAGGUCAUUACGGAGAUUGGGCCAGGAGUUGGUAAUGUGGAGCUGCUAAAGGAUCCGCAGAACUCCAACCGUAACCGUGGUUUUGCGUUCAUUGAGUAUUAUAAUCAUGCGUGUGCUGAGUAUUCAAGGCAGAAGAUGUCGACCCCUACAUUCAAGCUGGAAAAGAAUGUUCCUACAGUUAGCUGGGCAGAGCCUAAGAAUGCAGAUUCUAAUUCUAGCUCACAGGUAAAGGCAAUCUACGUAAAAAACUUGCCAUCUGACAUUACUCAGGAUAAGUUAAGAGAAAUGUAUGAACAUCAUGGAGAGAUCACUAAAGUGGUAUUACCACCUGCAAAGUCUGGCCAAGAAAAUAGCAGAUUUGGUUUUCUGCACUUCGCAGAAAGGGCUAGUGCUAUGAAUGCAAUAAAGGAUACUGAAAAAUAUGAAAUUGACGGUCAAGUUAUUGACUGUUCUCUUGCAAAGCCGCAGGCAGAUAAAAAACCUGAUAGAGGGUCCAGUUCACAUAAGUCAGCCUUGCUUACAGGUUAUCCGCCUCCUUUGGGCUAUGGGAUGGCUGGUGGUGCAUAUGGUGGUCUAGGUGCAGGAUAUGGUAACUCGGGGUAUGCACAGCCGUUGAUCUACGGCAGGGGACCAACUCCUGCGGGCAUGUCUAUGAUGCCAAUGCUUUUGCCUGACGGGCAGAUCGGAUAUGUCCUACAGCAGCCUGGAGCACAGCAGUAUCCUCCCCCUCCACAACAUAGAAGUGGAGGUGGUAGGAGUGGAGGCAGAGGUGGCGGAAAUAGAGGUGGCAACUCAAGUGGGGGUAACCAGAACGACGACGGUGGACAUGGGAGCAGAUAUCGCCCUUAUUGAUAAUCGUGACAUUGUAACCUUGUAGCCAUAGUCUGAUUUGGGUGGAGCAUCUCACCCUUGAAUCUUAUCUUCUUGUUUUUAUGCUUGUAUUGUUGUAUCAAUAAACACAGUUUAAGGUGAAAAAGUACAACCUAUUCAACUGUACCCUCUUGUACUGUAGCUCCAUAACAACACCAGCAAUGCUAAUUUAGAGAACAAUUGAUCAAAAGAAUUUAAUAGUGAAAGUUAAAGCUAACAG